AUGAAAAGCCCUUCAAAACUCAAAAGUAAGCUCGAAAAAGAGCUAGAAGAACUCACAUAUAAAGGCAAAUUAAUAGAAGCUGAGUGUUAUCGAUAUGUUAAUGCUCCAUUGCCUGCUAAUUUCGAAUUAUUUAAAAAAUACGUUUCAUUUCAAUCGGAAAUCGAAGCAGUUUAUAAAUUAUUUAAUACGAAUAGGGGAGAUCCAUUGAAAAUAUUUAUGCGGCAUAUGCAAGGGAUUCUUGAUGAACAAAAAAAGAAACAAGUCCAAAUUAACAAGUUUAGAGAAAAAUUAUCAAUAUUUGAUACAACAAUUGACGAAGAUGGAAAUGUUACAAAUGUAUUUCAUACGUUUUGCAUCAAUUAUCGGAACGAUUUGAUAGGUCUGAAGGCAGAGUUCAGCAAAUUCUUUACAGAUAUAAUCAACAAACUUAAAAUAUCACGUCGAAUAAUGCAGAUAUUAAUAGAACAAAGAAAAUCCCAAGCUUUGAAUUUAUUACAAGAAAUUGAUGACAAAGAGCUCCUUGUUAGGAAAGAAUAUAGUGAAAAGAAAAAGGAACACGAUGACCUUAUCCAAAAACGCUUAUCUCGGAAUUCACUUCAUCGACUCGUAAUUUUUUCAGAAGAUCCUGAUACUACUUCAACAAAUGAAAUUACUAAAAAGAUUUACAACGAUAUUAACAAUCGUUUUGAUAAAGCAAAAGACUUCAUAAACAAUUUCGAAAAAAUUUUUGAAAAAUUUGAUCAAUUAGAUUCGAAAUUACACAAUUUAGAAGUCAAACUUGAUAAAUGCACUAUAGCAACAACGGAAGCUAAAGAGCGUCGCGAAAAAUCCAGAAUUGAAAAUUUAAGAAAACAAAUUGCAGAAAACCAAGCUAAGGAAUUAGAGCUUGACCGUAACAUCUCUGAAUGUAAUGCCAAAUUAUUGGAAAUAACUCCUAUUGUUGAAAGAGAAAGAGAACUCUCAACAAAAAUUGUUGCAGGCACAAAUAUGACACACAGACAGUUGAGAAAUGAAGCAAGUAGGAUUGCUUUUCAGAUUGGAGCGGAAACUCUUUAUAAUUUUGAAUAUCUCGAAAAAUUAACCAAAAAUAAAGAGAAAUUUGAAGUAGAUUCUGAUGCACUUAUUAAACAACUUGAAGAUGAAGAGAAGUCUAAGUCAGGCGAAGUUGUUUGA